AUGAGCAUUCCCCUACCCGCAGUCGUGUCACCGGAAGAGGGGCGACUGCACUACUACGGGCUGCCUUCAAGACCCAUCCUUGUCGCCCGGACGAGCACUGCCGUGUGGGAGCAUCCGGGCGACAUGCGCCACCGCAUGAGGGAAAAGAAGGUUGCCCCUCUCGGUGCUCAUCCGCUACUUCACCUCCAUUGGGAAGAUCGUAUCGCACCAAAGAUACAAACUCUAAUCGACGAAAAGAACGUGCAGUGGACAAGCCUCGACGUCGUGCGCAUCGGAUAUACCGACGACUCGGAGGCCAACGCCCCUGUUAUUCUCUGGAUCGGCAUCCUGCCCAAUAGCGUCUCCGCGCCCGACGGACGCGCCAUAGUCAUGCAAUGCCUCGACAUUCUCCAUGCGCACAAUAUCGCCGAUGUCGAAGUCGAGAUGCGCGAGUCUGUGGUCGUCCCGCUGGCUGUCGGUCCCGUUCCCAAGCUUCCCACGCUCGACAGCACAAGCUAUGCGUUGGGCGCGUCUGUUCUUUGGGAUCCUUUUACGACAUCACCCAAUUUCCCGAUCAGCGCUUUCAAGAGCUCGUCUCAUCAAGGCACAGGCGGUUUCUUCGUUACCGACCUCGAUGAUCCAGGGAGGAUCCUUCUCGUUACCGCCCGCCAUGCCAUUUUCCCGCCUGAAACAGACGACGAUACGCUGUACAGGUACACGGAAGGCUCUGAGCACUCGCCAUUUCUGGUCCAACUUUUCGCGGACGACGCCUUCGUACGGUACCGCGAGUUCAUACAGGCGGAGAUCCAGGAGUAUCACGACAUCGUCGGUUUUCAGUCGUGCACCAUCAGUCGUCUGGAAGGGCGCACAGACCAGUACGCGACGCGCGCCACGAUACACGCCAGGUUCUACGUGAACGAGGCGCGCAGGAUGAUCUCGGAGCUCGAUGUUAUCUCUCAAUUCGUAGAGCGGUUCGGCGAGGGCGAUCGCGUGCUCGGGCGCGUCGUGCUUUCCCCGCCCGUCGGGUAUAACGUCGGGCGGCAGGGAUACACGGAAGACUGGGCCGUGAUCGAGGUGUUCCCGUCCGUGAUCGGCGCGGCGAACUAUCGACGCAACGCGCUCGUGCUGCAGACGGGGUUGUUCGAUAAUGCGGCGUGGCCCAUUAAAAUCGCGGAGCAGAUGCACCCACGCGAGUCCGACGUGGCGCAUCCCAAGUGUUUCGAGUAUAGCCUUUUCGACAAUCUUCUGCGGCUGGGCGGCACGAUCACGGACGAAGGCAUGCGUCAUCCGACGUCGCUCGACGAGAACGGGGAGCUGUGUCGCACGGUCCUCAAGCGCGGCGCGGCGUCGGGUCUGACUGUCGGGCGGGCGAACCCGAUCUUCUCGUACGUCCGCCGCGUACGGGGUGACGGCAAGACGCUCGGCCGGGCCUCGAAGGAGUGGGCCAUCGUUGGUCGUGGUGGUGUCGGCGAGAGGUAUGAGUUCGCGAGGGGUGGGGACUCUGGCGCGGUCGUUGUGGAUGGACGAGGACGUGUUGGGGGGCUGGUUAUUGGUGGAGGGUUGGUUGUUGUCGGGAACUGGAAGAUGGGGGGAGAGAUUGCGUAUGCGACGCCUGUUUUCUUUGUAUUGGAACGGAUGCGCGCUUUGGGACUACGAGCACAGGUCGCCUGA